AGGGCCACGGCCUCACGAACGCCGCGGACUCGAGCCACCUCAUCUGGGGCGGCUGCAUCUGCUUGUUCUCGCUCUUCUCGGCCGGCAUGGAGCUCGUGCUCGCUGGCUUGCUCGGGUCUGGCCUGGGACUCAACCCCAUCGACACCACGUUCUACAUGGCGGUGCCGGUGGCCCUGCUCCUGUCCUUGCCGAUCUUCUUCGUCCAGCACCCCGUGGCGUGGGCCGGGCAUGGCCUGAUGACCGACUUCCAGAUUCUGAAGGAGGUGAUCGCGCUCAGCCCGGGCACCUUCGGCCUGGCCCUGUUCUCCGGUGCCUUCGCCAUGGUGUACAACAUCCUCCUGUACAACAUCGUCCAGACGCUGUCCCCCGCCUUCUCCGCGUUCACGUCGAACUUCAACAAGGCGGCCACGAUCGCCCUGUCGGUGCUGCUGGGCUUCGAGGUCCUGCCGAAAGCGCCGUGGGGCAUGGUCCAGGUGUUUGGCAUCAUAGGCAACAUGGUGGCGUUCACCGUCUACGGCCUCUACAAGGUGCGGCCCAGGGGCGACAAGAAGUAGAGGGACGACCUCGCCUGGCGCACCCCGUGGUUCGGAAAGCUUGGACUCCAGGUUCACAUGCUUUCCGCUUUUGUUCUGUGAUAGUCGGAGCAAGGCGAAAGCCAGGCUUAAUAAUUUUCCGCCACGCUAAGCUAGCCGAGCUUGUGCAGGACUGUACCAGAUGUCUACGGAACAGUGGAGAUCUUGCAGAGAAAUGUGCGUUUCGUCUCUGUCGUUGCGAGUUUGAGAUAUGCGUCUCUAUGCCUAUUGGAUCUGCGCCGCUUUACAUACGCCACUCGUUAGAAAAAACACCAUUGAUGAGCCACGAUUGAGCAGUAAACAUAGGGUAUGCCUGCAUUUCUGCUUGACCUCUAUGUGGUCGGCUUGUUCUGCGUUGAGAUUGUUGAAGUGUGUGCUGUGAGUUGCGUGCUGUACGCAUGUUCCCCCUUGUGACAUCCUCUGGCCGGCGGAUGGAA